CAUGUAUGAAUUUUCGAAAUAAAUGCGAAUGGGAAAAAGAAAAUUGCAAUCGACGAAAUAGAUAUGAAAAAGAUUUAAAGAAAACGACAGCAGAAAAAUGUAAACCUUUGUGUCCGAAAUUUUGCAUUUCAGUGUUUUUGCCAGUUUGUGGAAUUUAUAGAUUUGGAAAGGCAGAAUUUUUAAAUAUUUGUUAUAUGAACAGAUAUAAUUGCUUAACUGGACAAACUUACAUUGCGAAUUCUGCGACAAGAUGUAGGUGUUAUGAUUAAAAUUUCAACCAGAAUUUGAUAUUAAUAAGGUCCAGAAAAAAACUACGAGUAUUAAGAAUUAUUUGUGAUAUAAAUGAAAUAAACUAUAGCAAAGUAUUUGGUUGU